ACUAUUUAUGUCAAAGUGGGCCACCAUCUACUGUAGUGAGUGUAAAGCGCCAUCUAGCGGGCGGAAACGAAUCCAACCUCCUUUUUAUUUCCAACCAGCGCUCCGCAGGCAGUGACUGCUUCUCUCGCUGGUGGUAAAACAUCUUCAGGUUCAGAAACGUGAAGUUAUUUGAUGAUUUUGCAGCCUGAUGGGGCGGCUGUAGAUGUUCACUUAGUUCUUUCUCGGUGUCAUGGUUUAGCAUUUCAUUGUCACUGAUAAUAAGAUGUGUAUUUGUGCAGUCCAUCUGUGGAGCGUGCAUACUUGUUUUGCCUUUGACGUCAGGUGAGUGAAACACACUCCAGCAUUCAUCCGGCUCCGGAGCAGGAGUCUGCUGAGGUGCGCACUCAGCGCGCCGCUCGGCCCGCCCGGACACUGCAGUGUAGGUUACAGUGCCUUCGUUGCGGCUGCUCGCUCCCGACACCCACGUCCCGCUGCAGACUUCCCGGACUCGGAAGAACAGUGGAGAGGGAAGAGCUUAAAAAGCCAUGGCCGAGUCCAACCCGCUGUGGGGAUUCCCCCGCUUGCGCCGGGCCGCGACCUCAUUUCCAGGCAAUCUGCAUUUGGUCCUGGUACUUCGGCCCACCGGCUUGUUAAGCACCACGCCCAGUCCAUCAUCAAGCACUGACCUGGGCUUUCGCUUCAGCCAGGAUGACUUCCUGUUAAAGAUGCCGGUGGUGAUGCUGCGUUCUGUCGGUGACCUGCUGCGCUACAUUGAUGAAAACCACCUGACAUCAGACUUCACUGCUAAAGUGGAAUAUUGCCAAAGUGACUGGAUUGUCCUCCGCACGGCCAUUGAGACCUUUGCAGUAACAGUAAAGGAGAUUGCCCAGCUGCUGCAGGGCUUUGGAUCAGAACUAUCUGAGAUCGAACUUCCAGAUGAAGCUAAUGCCAUCGAGUUCCUACUGCACUCACACACACACCGAUACCGACAGAUGAAGGAUAACAUCCGUAAUGUGCUAAAAGAGGGGCGCCUGCUGCUGUCUAACCUGGAAACUGUCAAAGCCUCUAAGAGAGAUGCAGAGGAGGAGAGGGACAUAAGAGCAGACAUGGACACUGUUCAGAGGCUCCUGGCCCAGCUCAGAGACAUGGAGGAGGCAUUUGAUGGCUUCUUUGAGAAACACCACCUGAAGCUGCAGCAGUACCUCCAGCUGCUGCACUAUGAAAUGAGUUUCCAGCAGAUGGACGAGGUGCUGGAGAGGCUUACUGACCAGGAGAAGGACAUUGCUUUUGUGGGGACCACGGUGGUUCAGACAGAACUACUGUUGAAAGAACUGGAGCUGCUGGACACACAUGCUCAGGAGGAGAUGGCUCGUGCCCAGGUGGUGAUCCUUCAUGGUCACCAGUUGGCCGCCAACCACCACUAUGCCCUGGCACUCAUCAUCCAGCGCUGCAAUGAGCUGCGACAUCACUGUGACAUCAUCACGACUGCCAUACGCACCAAGCGGGCCUCGCUCAACCGAGCACGAGACCUGCUGCUCCGCCUUGAAGGGGCCCUUCAAUGGUGUGAUGAGGGUGCCUAUCUUCUGGCCAGUCAGAUGGUGGACAGGUUCCAAACCAGAGAGGGAGCUCAGGAGGCGUUGCAGUACCUUAGCGCUCACCAAGAGAUGGCACCAUCUGCACUUAAAAACAGCAAGGACACUCUGAGCCUGGAGUUUGAAGCCAUUCUCACCCCACAGCUUCAGUCCCAAAUCUCCAUGGUAACAGAGAAGCUGAACUCGAUGCAGUCCAUGAUCAGAAACAGAGAGCAGUGUCUGAGGAAGUUGGCGGACGUACAGGUCAGACCCAUUCAGCCUGUAGCCCCCAGGCCUGAACCUGACCAGAUGUUGCGCUGCAAGUCACCCCUGUUUUCCCCCAAACAUGGUGUAGACUUUAAUGUCCUAAAUUCCAAAUUCUCCUUUGACCUGCUUCCUGGCAAGAGAGCUGCAAGGAGGAACAACAGCCAACGCAAGAUCGAGGUCAUACAUGAUUUCCAAGGCAAUCACAGCUGUCUGUACGGCCCCAGCCCUGAAACAGAUUCAGAGGCAGAAGACAAUCCAGAGCAAGUCACACGCCAUAUUAUGAAGGAACUGAUUGCUACAGAGAGGAUCUACGUGGAUGAGCUGCUCUCAGUCCUUCUGGGCUACAGGGCAGAAAUGGAGGACCCAUCCAUGUCUAAUCUUCUUCCUUCAGCUCUCCGAAGCCAGAAAGACGUUUUGUUUGGCAACAUGCCAGAGAUUUACCAGUUCCACAGCAGGAUCUUCCUCCAAGAUCUGCAGGGUUGCCUGGAGACACCAGAGAGGGUGGGGGCUUCCUUCCUGCAACGGAAGGAGAAGUUCCAGGUGUAUGAGCGUUAUUGCCAAAACAAGCCUCGCUCUGAGUUGCUAUGGAGACAGUGCUCUGAUUCGCCCUUCUUUCAGGAGUGCCAGAAGAAGCUGGACCACAAGCUGGGCUUGGACUCCUACCUCCUGAAACCAGUCCAGCGCCUCACCAAGUACCAGCUGCUACUCAAGGAGCUGUUGAAACACUCUAAAGAGGAGCGAUACCGCUCUGAACUCAAGGAGGCUCUGGAUUCCAUGCUGAAGUUACUGAAGUCUGUUAAUGACUCCAUGCAUCAGAUAGCCAUCACUGGAUAUCAGGGUGACCUCAGCCAGCUUGGCCGAGUGGUGUUGCAGGGAGGCUUCAGUGUGUGGAUCAGCCAUAAGAGGGCGGCUGUGCGAAUGAAGGAGCUGGCCAGGUUCAAGCCCAUGCAGAGACAUCUCUUCCUCUAUGACCACGCCCUGCUCUUCUGCAAGCGCAGAGACGAGGACACUUAUGACAGGACACCUUUCUACAGCUUCAAAACCUGCCUAAGAAUGAGUUCAGUGGGAAUCACAGAAAAUGUGAAAGGGGAUGUGAAGAAAUUUGAAAUCUGGUACAGUGGCAGAGAAGUAGUGUACAUAGUUCAGGCUCCCACAGUAGAAGUUAAAGUCGCCUGGCUCACAGAGAUUCGAAAAAUUCUCACCAACCAGCUGAACCUGCGUAAAGAUGAGGCUCCUUCUCUUCCACAUUCAGACAACCCCGCCUCUGACAGUGCAUCAGAGAUGUGUGUGUCGUGGGGCGGAGCGUCGGUGGGAGGCUGCUCAGCGUGUCUCCCUGUUCCUCACAGCUCCUCGGCAAUAAGCUGCUCCAACAGAUACCGGGGGGAGGAGUCCAUACACACUAGCCCUGCCCGUUCGGCCCCCGUGGUUCACUCACCUCGGAGGACUUGGCCUGUCUCUGCCCACUCAGUGGCGAUCUGUGACGGCCUGGAAGACUGGGGAGCUACAGACCUCUCCAACAUAUCUGACUCAGAUGAGGACGAUCAGCCUACCCCGCUGGUGGCGGGAAGAUACAGGGUCAUGGUCGAGAGCAGCAUGGCCAGCACUGAUGACAUCAUCUUUAACUGCGGUGAUGUCAUCCAGCUGCUGCAUGAGGAAAUGUCAGGAAUGUGGAUGGUGAGAAAUAUGAGUCGUGGUGAAGAAGGGCGUGUUCUAUCUGAGGACCUGCAUAGAAUUCUGGGAGAAACUUGCUAAGAGCCAAUCAGAACAGAACAGGAUUGAUGUGUCAGUUCUCCUUCUGUUUAAGUCACUUAUCUGAUCAACCAUUUACUGAAUACUACACACACAGACACAAACGCAAACACACUAACACACUCUCAACUUUCUGACCAAAAGGGGGCACGUGCCUCUGCCGAGACAUUCAUCAGAUCAUCAGACUGAAGCACAUCAGCUGCAGAUUCUACUCUUCAAACUACUGUGACGCUUUCACCUCAGAAGGCUGUAAACUACAGAACGGACCUCAGAAGACUGUAAUAAUGCAAAGCACACAUGUGGGCGCCUUCUUUUUCUUUACCUUUUCCAACAUAAUACAGUCGAUUAUUUUGACUUAUAACUGAAGACGUUGAAACAGCAGCUUUUAUUCAUAUGUACAGACUGGACUUUUGUUUCAAACUUCAGGUUCUAUCAUUUCUAUUUUCUUAUGAAAUAUCACAGAAACCAUGCAUAUGCCUACUAACAUAUCAUUACUGUCCAUGUGCCAAACAGCUCAGCUCAUUAUUGUGGCUUGUUUUUUGCAUAACACUGUAGCUUUACUUUGCAGUGUCACUGUUUUCGAUGAAUUAGAGGGUGUGCGUGUGUUCUUAACUUAUGCCUGAAAUUGCCAUGGUUACUCAACCUCUUGAUGGAAAAAGCUAAUAUUUUAGAAUCUGCCAGGUGGUAAUAUUGAGUCAAGAUAUUGCAGGUCCCUCUCAUUCAUAGCAGUAAUAGUGGCCUUUUUGGGUAUUGUUAAGGGAAAUGCUGUCAAUGCAUAACCUCGAAAGAUAUAUAGCAGAAGUACAGAUGUAAUUAAUAACAUUAAUAAUGGCUACUUUAUUUCUAUUGGCCUUGUGCAUGGUGCCUCAGUAGGAAGUCAUUGGGUAAUGUGCUGUGCUUCUCUUGCUAUAACCAAUGAAAAUGUCUCCUGAGAAAAACAGGUGUAUUGAUGCAGCACUGCUGUUCCUCAAGAUUAACUAUCUGUACCUUGAGAAAGCACUGCAGUACCUAUGCAGAACGAAUGCAGUGUAGGGAGACAUUUACACUGGCAGUCAUUGUAGCUGGUUGUUGUAAUUCAGUAAUUGUGUGAUGAGCUUUGAUACAUGAAUUGCAGCUAUUUCAAAUGUUAAUUUGUCCAUUUAUUCUUUAUUUCUGUUGCUGUUGAUGGUGAUAAUGUGUUACUAUUUUCAUUUUGAAAUUUGAGUUUUUUUAAUGUUGGCAAUUCUCCAUUAGAUGAAUGCUGUUAUUACCACUGAGAUGAGACAAGCUUCAUGUUAUGUUCGUUGGCUGCUCUGCAUGGACAAAUCACUGCACAUGCCUCUUGCUUUAUUUAUGCCUGCACUGCUGUUUUACACCAACAGAAAUUAGGCUCAGUGUUGGAUAGUGACUGUAAGUAAAGUAGUGUUGAAUUUUAACCACCAGCUGAACUUAUUACAGUUACAUUGUCAAUUCAUGAAAUUAUAAUACAAUUUGAUUUUUAAUUUCUUUCAAACUGCCCAGACGGAUUAUCUUGACAUUGUUAACAGUUAAGCAGCUUUGAAACAAAGAGUGUGAAAAGUGGUUAUGAAAUCACUGCCACUUUACCGCUACAUGUGCUGAGGGUUCAUCUCUGAAGGGCAGGAAGACAGAGUAUAUUUACAGAAAUUACUGACAGCUUGGACUCAACUACAUCAAACUGUGAAUAUGUAUAUGGUACAAAUCGUAUUUUAGAUGUUAAACACAAUGUUUGGACUGUUGACACUCUAUCAAGCUAUCAAGUGACAAAUAGAUUUCUUCUAUAUCUCUGCAUCUCUGGGCUUUAUAAAUCUAAAUUAAACCUGAGUUAAACCUGUUAAACCUAAAUCAACAAUAAUUCACAAAUCAUUUUCACAGUAUUUAGCACCCACAUUGGGAACAUUAGAGUCACUCGAUAGUGAAUGCCAGACUGUCUAAAUAAGUUGUGUCCAAUUAAAUUCAUUAAUUGAUCAUCUUUCAUCUUCCAUGUUACAAUUAUUUGAAAUCCACCCAACACCGGCUUUACUGUAACAUCAGCAUAUGUUGAGUCAGGCUAUAAGAUGUCUUUUCCACAGUACCUUAAACUACUGUUUGCCACUUUUUCUCAUUUUCACUAAUUUUCUUGUGAUAUUUUGAAUCAUUGCGAAAGCUUGUAUUAUAAUGCAUAUAUAUGUAUGGUUAUUUUCCAAAAUAUAAGCACAGGGUUAUUUGAUUUGAUUCAACCUGACUGAUGUUUUUCUUCUAUAUUUUUUCUAUAUAUAAUAUGCCUGAUUAGACCUCCUCACAUGUUAGCAUAAUGCAUACUCUGCUGCUGUUUGUUGUGUUGCUUCCGUUAGGUCAGGACAGCUUACAUCUUUGUCAUUCUUAUGUUAAAAUCACACCAAAAUUAGCUAAUUGUUAUAGUGACUGCUCUCUGAUGAGACUUUGACACACCAUAGCAGGCAAACCACAGUGUAACUAAUAAUUAACUGGGGCUGCAGUUCAUUUAGCUUUUUGUUUUACAAAGCCUGGUUUAGUGAUAGACUUAAAUCAAACUGAGCCAUACGUAUGACAUAACCCGUAAGACUUACCAAUGUACCAGUUCAACAGAAAAUGCGACAUUACUCUAUUUAUUAUUUAGGAUGCAUUGACUGACAGUAUAUUAUUGUUUAUACAACAUGGUGAAAUAACACAAAGAGUAGAACAGGAGUGAAGCUAAAUUGUUUCAGUGAGUGCAAUGACAUCUGUGGAUGAUUGAUUUAAAGGAAUUAUGC